AUGAAGGAGUUAUUGAAUUACAUGUACAUGUAACAUUUCUACUGAGAUUCAACUUUAUUAUUUUAAUCCAGAUGUUUGAAAUGGCGUUGAUCACUGAAAGUUCACGUCGGAUGUAUUUUUACCCUACACAUAACUGAUCCAUGUUAUAGUACAGUAAUUGAUAUCAAACAACAAUCAUUAUGAUCAAGUGCAAAGCUUUUUUAUCAUUUUGGAUAUAAGGGAAGUGAAAUUACAUAUCUUAAACACGGAUGUUUAAUCGUUUAAAGAUUUUUACGUAUGACAAGGAAAAAAUAAACAACAAUACCCCACCGACAGUAUAGAAUGUAAAUGGACUGCAUGACACAGCACAGAGAAAGAAUGUCGUCAUUCCAGGAAAGGACUAUAUUUUACAUUUGAUUAAACUGUAAUGAAUAUUCAAAUUAUUAAAAAGUGAUAACAAAGAACUGACCAUGUUGACAUUCUCAUUAAUGCUGGUUUUGUUUUUGGAAUUUAUGGGAACAGCAAUAAGCAAGAUUUGUCAUGAGCAAAAAGCUCAAAUUUUGUCAAAACAUCAACAAAAUGCCUUGGUCGAACAAGAACUGAAGCGAUGUUUUACAGAUAUUAAAAAUCAAAAUGAUAAAAACUCAAGGCAGUGUGGCCAAGUAUGGGACGGUAUUAUGUGUUGGCCGCCAGUAGAAUAUGGAACCACAAGCGUUCAACAAUGUCCAAGUUAUAUCCAUAAAGUUAAACCAGAUGGCUUUGCGACCAGGAGAUGUUUGGAAAGUGGCGACUGGUUUGUUCAUCCUGAAUUAAACAAAACAUGGACAAACUAUUCCGGUUGUGUUGAAAACAUAACAGAUAACCAAUCACUAGUGCCGGAUGUAAUUCAGGAACAUAUGCCUAGGAUCCAGAUAUUCUACAACUUUGGUUAUGGUAUUUCGCUGAUUUCACUCCUCGUUGCAGUAAUAUUAAUGAUUUAUUUCAGAAAGCUACAUUGCCAGAGGAAUACUGUUCACAUCAACAUGUUUAUUUCAUUUAUAUUAAGAUCCAUCAUUUGUUUCAUCAAGGACAUAGACAUAACGCCUGAAGUAUACAACUCCACUAUAGAAGAAGAAACAACAUUUGGUCAGGCAUCGAUAUGUAAAUCGGUUUACGUCAUCUUCUACUAUGUAUUAACUGCAAAUUUCAUGUGGAUAUUUGUUGAAGGACUAUUUUUACAUACCUUUGUUUUGUCGACAAAAUACAACGUAUCACGACGACUUUACAGGACAUUUCUUAUAUUAGGAUGGUGUGUGCCUUUAUUAUCAGUUAUACCAUGGGUAAUUGUGCGAUAUAUGUUCGAAAACACACUGUGUUGGAACACUAUGGACAAAGGAUUUUUCUGGAUAAUUAAAGGUCCAAUUAUGGUAACAUGUAUUAUAAAUCUAGUGUUUUUUAUUAAUAUUAUUCGAGUGUUGUAUACAAAAUUGAAUGCAGCACACACAAAAGAUCCAAAUAAAUACAGAAAGUUGGCCAGAUCAACAUUGGUACUCAUUCCUUUGUUUGGUGUGUAUUAUGCAGUUUUUAUAGCAGUGCCUAUAUGUAUGGAUCCUAAAUUAGAGGUCAUAUGGAUGUAUUCGGAAAUGUUCUUCAAUUCAUUCCAGGGAUUUGCAGUUGCCUUAUUAUUUUGCUUCAUGAACGGGGAGGUUCAAAGAGAAAUCAAGAAGCAUUGGCGUCGUCGGCGUAUAAUGCGCUGUCAAAGCAACAUGUCUUCACGUUUAAAAACAUUCGUUACAGACCAUGACACACAUCACACGUGUAUUCCGGACACUUGGGAUACAAAUGGAAACAUGGAACUCAAGGAACUGACUAUUCCAAUGUGUAAUGUCGAUAUUGAUCUCAAUGUAAAUGCGCCUCAGGGAUUAGACGAAAAUUUACCCAUUUUGAAACCUUGAAAUAAAUGCGUUUUGUACAUAUACAUCGUUAUUGCAUUUUAGCAGUAAUUGCUAAUACGGCUAUACGUAGAGACAUCAUCAUAUUGAUUUACUUAUCAUCACAAUUACUAUAAGGACUACUUCAAAAAAGUCAGUGGUUAUUAUUUUAAAUCUUUCGAUAGUUAUUCGAAAAAAGCUUCACCUAUUUUAGGUCAAUAGUCAGCCAGUAAAAGACUACAGAAAGAUAAAAAAAAAUACGAACUUUAAACCUGAAUGUUACACGCAAUUACAUAAUGUAAUUAAAUAGAGGACAAUAUCUAUAAAUGAUAGAUUAUAUUCUGAAAUCGAGUUUAUAUUUUGGAAAAUAGAUUAAGAAUAUACACCUCUGAGGAGCUAAAUAUUUCUAGAAUUAAACUUUUUUUCUUAA